AAGGGCAUCAGAACAGAGCCAGCGCUCGCAGGGAAGACCCAGUCACCAGUCUACAAACCAUCCUUCUAUUCAUCCAUCCAUCCAUCCCAUCUAUCUGCCAUGGCACUGGACAGCGACAACUCAAGCCAAGACAUGUUCGGCUAUGAUCAGUACGAUCAUUUCGAGCAGGAGAUCGGCGGCGCCUCGGUGGUGCGUCGCAAUGCCCGGGAGCGCAACCGGGUCAAGCAGGUCAACAACGGCUUCAGCCAGCUCCGGCAGCACAUUCCCGUGGCUGUGAUCGCCGAUCUGAGCAACGGUCGGCGCGGCAUUGGUCCGGGGGCCAACAAGAAGCUGAGCAAGGUCAGCACUCUGCGCAUGGCCGUCGAGUACAUACGUCGGCUGCAAAAGGUCAUCGAUGAGAACGAUCACAAGCGUACUGAUCAACAGCAGCAUCAUCAUCACCAUGUGCAGCAGCAACAUAUGCUCUUCCAGCAACAGAACUUGCAGUUACAGCAGCAACAGCAACAGCAACAGCAGCACUUGUACGCUCUCCAACAGCAACUUCAGCUCAGCUCUCCCACCGGCAGCGUCAGCUCCUGCAACAGUAGCAACAGCAGUUCCUCCUAUUACAAUGCAGCAUCGGCGACAGCAACAGCAACAGCCAAUUUGGUGCAGCCAACGGCAGUCACAACGAAGUUGGAGUCUAGCUACGAGGACUACCGCAACAAUUCCUGCAGCUCUGGGACCGAGGACGAGGACAUCCUCGACUACAUCUCGCUCUGGCAGGAUGAUCUUUAAGCGGAUCCGUGCGAGUACACCUCUGCCACGUACGAUCCACCGCUAGUCGCAACCACACAACGAACCAUUGAUUGGCCCGCCAAGUAUUAUAUACCUCUCGCACCAGCAAAGUAUUGUAUUUUUCCAGGCACAUUCAAAGCAUCCUUUUUUUUGCCUGUACAAAUUAGUUCUUAAGAGCCCUGAAUGUGCCUGGUUAUUAAAUAGUUUAUAAGACUGUUCCAACCCUAAGAUCUAGCUCAUAAUGGAAGACAAUUUACUAUUAAGAAUCUCUUUUUUUUACAAACAAACAAACAUGGAGGACAUUAAACUGAUAAUAUUUAAAAACUAA